AUGAAGCUGUUCAUGAAACAAGAGGAGGCUAUUGAACCAGAAUCUGCUUGCGAGGAGUUGAGGUCGGUUGGAAAGUACAAGAUUCGAAGAACCGCAGCUCCAGUACCGAAAGUCGCCAUUCACUCAGGUUCCGCUUACGCCAGGAUUGUGCACGCACUUGUUUGCUUCAGCUGGCUUGUGCACUACGGUCUUCGACUCUACGAUCCUCUUCGAGCUGAUGCAGAUCUACAUUCACGCGGAGAAUGGGUUACCUGGCUUUUCUUGGCAUGCGAGGCGAUUAUGGCCGGUCCAGAAUUAUUCCAGGUCAUCGAGCUCAGUCUUUCCAUACUACCGGGCAGUCGAGAUGCUCCGAGAGCACAGUACCGUCUGGAUGGCACAGAUGCGCCUCUCGUACAUGUCUUCAUCACCACCUGCGGCGAGAGUCCUGCGACUGUGAUGAGUACGCUGGCAGGCGCAGUCGCACAAGAUUAUCCUGCGAAAUGCUAUAGGGUCUUCGUGCUGGAUGAUGCUAAUGAUCCCAAGCUCAAGCUGGAAGUGGAAAAUUUCAACAGAAGCAUAUCCAACAAGCUCAGCGCGCAACCCGUCGUCUAUUUGGCCCGACAGAAGGAUUUGGCUACACGUCACUAUCACAAGGCGGGCAACCUCGACUUCGGCAUCAGAACAAGUAAGGAGGAUUAUGGCGGCUCUGAAUUCAUUGCAGGACUCGAUGUCGACAUGAUCGUGGAGUCUGACUGGCUUUCACGGGUGGUCCCUCACCUCAUACUAUCUGCCGAUCUAGCCGUCGUGAGCCCUCCACAAUCUUUCUACAACGUACCAGACAAGGACAUCCUCGCCCAGGACGCGAGUGUCCUGCAACAAGUCUUGGAGCCAGCACGAGACCGCAUUGGAUGCAGUAUGUGCCACGGUUCAGGUUACGUGAUGCGGCGUGCAGCAUUGGAGAGCAUUGGGGGCUGGCCACUCGUCAAUAUCGGAGAGGACAUCCUAUGCUCAUAUCUACUCAAUCAGGCGGGCUGGCAGACGGCGUUCAUCGAGGACGAGCUACAAUUUGGUGUCACUUGUGAGUCGUUUCAUGCCUAUGUUUCGCAGCGGAUGCGCUGGACCGCGGGCAACCUGCUUAGCGCCCAUCGCUUCUACUUCUUUUUGCCACACUUCACACACUCGCAGAUCACUGUGGUCCAGAGGCUCCACGGAAUUAUGCAGUCCAUCAAGACAUAUGCCUGGAUUGCACUCAUCGUGCCUAUGGUCGCUCUGCCGCUUGGACUACCGCUCGCGAGGCCUCCCCUCGUGCCCAGGUCGAACAUGUCACACAAUAUGCUGAGAUUACUGAAAUUUUCAUACUUGGCGAUGUGGCUCACGACAAAGGCCUGGAAACGCUUGAACUUCGGCCACGUCGGUGUGAGAAACAUCUUCAAUCUCUCCAACAAUCGUUUGUGGAUAACGCCAUACAUUGUCUGUGCCUAUUGUCAAUCGCUAUGGUGCAACCUAGAGGAGAUCGAUUUUACAAUUUCUGACUUCUUCACGACGCUCUUGGUGGGUGGUUGCGUUUGCGUUCCAUCUGAGACCGACCGAAAGAAUGGUCUUGCAGCAUUCGUCGAGAAGUCGCAAGCCAAUUGGGCGUUAUUGACUCCUGCCGUGGCCGAAUUGUUGGAUCCCGCGACUGUUCCGAGUCUCAAAUAUGUCACGUUGGGAGGAGAUGCGAUCAAGGAAUCGACGUUGCGCAAGUGGCGGAAGUCGUCACGAGUCGGGAUCAAUUAUGGAUCUGCCGAAGUCGAUGUCACUCACGCUCGAGACGUCUCUGAUGAGACUGAUAUUCUGAACGUAGGACAUCGCCUGCCGAGCUGCUUGGCCUGCAUUGUAGACCCAGACGAUCCAGCAGUCAUUUUACCUGUAGGGGCUGUGGGAGACCUGGUUAUCUCCGGGCCUACAAUGGCCAGAGGAUAUCUCAACGCCCCUGUAAAGACGGCAGAAGUGUUUUUGCCGGUGCCUCAAGCAUGGAUCUCGCAGGGGUUGAUCGAGAAACCUCACACACCAUGGACUUCGCGUGCAUACCGGAUGGGUGAUCUUUUCCGCCAGAUGUCAGAUGGUUCCCUGCAAUUCGUCGGGCGAAAAGACUUUCAGGUCAAAGUCAAUGGUCAGAAGGUUGAACUGGGAGAUAUCGAAAGCCAACUUUCCCGGCAUCCCGAUGUCAGCCACUGUGCUGUCAUCUACCCUGCUGACGGGCCAUAUGCGAACCGACUGGUCGCUAUCACACAAUCAACGUGUGCGACCUCUCUGGCGAGUCGACAUGCUCGUGCUGCCAACAAGACCGCCUUGACUUUGAGUUUGCCGGCUGUCACGGAGUACUUGCAGAAUCUCAUACCAUCUUUCAUGCUCCCAAGUGUAUUGAUCGUGGUUGAGACUAUGCCAUUCACGCCCACCAUGAAAAUCGAUCGGACCCGUCUCAAAAAAUGCCUUUCCGAUAAUGAAGUCUCAGCAGGCUCGGUGCCGGGCUUCAUGCACGUCUCUACUGCUCUCAGUGGCACACGCCUUUUGCCAUCCGAGAAGUCAGCCAUGAAGGUGUCGAAUUUGAUUGCAGACAUCAUCUCUGCAGCAGGGUCGACGAUUUGGAAAUCCAUCAGUGGGCAUGAUAAUCGCUUGACUGACAUCGGAAUCAACUCAGCGCAAACUAUGAGGCUUGUUGCUUUGAUCCGGAAGCAGUUCGGUUGUAAGAUCCUGUUCGAGACCCUCAGCCAACCUGGCAUGACGGUAAGGCAGCUCGCAGUGCUUCUCGAAAUCGAAAAGCAAGAUUUGAUUACAGAUAUGGCUGGCAAUGAUGUCGAUACGAAGAUUGAAUUUCUAAAAGUACGAGUCGCAAGGCAUACUGAAACAGUGCUGAACCCCAGUGUGGUCCAACCAACUCGUCCGCGGCAUGUGUUCCUGACCGGAGCGACUGGAUAUCUGGGCGUACAGAUCCUGUGCCAGCUUUUGUCAUCGAGCAGCAUUGCAUCCAUGACAGUACUAGUGCGGACUUCUAGACGAGAGCUGGCGCUGGAGCGGGUUCGUUUGGCCUUGACUGCUGCACAUGCAGAAUCAUCUCAUCAAAUAAAGCUUAAUACUUGGCCCGGAGACUUAUCAAAGCCUAGACUGGGACUUUCCGAUGCCGACUGGAUGAGACUAUCUGGAGAAGGCGACAAGAUUGAUGCUGGCGGCCCUCGCAUUGACACAAUCAUCCAUUGUGGUGCUGUCGUGAACUGGACGAAAAGCUACAGCGACCUCGAAGCACCCAACGUGCACUCCACUGAGGAGCUGCUGAAGCUGGUCAGAACGUGUCACCACUUGGAGCGAUUUGUGUUUGUAUCGGGAGGUCGAUAUCCCAACCCUGCACAAGACGCCGAGAAAGACCUCGAAGCCUUGUAUACCGACGCCGCCAAAGACAACGGUUAUGCCCAGACAAAAUUUGUAGCAGAACGACUAGUGCACAACGUCCGAUCCGCGCUUCCGGACAAGUCGAUCAGCGUCGUCUGUCCUGCAUACUUGAUCGGUGGCCGGCAGCAUGGUCUCGCGAAUCAAGAUGAUUACCUGUGGCGGAUUGUGUGGGCCACUGCACGAAUCGGUGCAUUCAACGCCGACGAACGUGACCAGUGGCUUUUUGUCGCGCAAUCUGAUGCUGUUGCUGAGCGGAUUGUCGUCUUGACUUUACUCGACUUCAAUUCUUCUUCAAGCACGACUUUGAACGUCCUGGAUGGAUUGAGCGUCGGUAAAUUCUGGAGUAUUGUCUCUGAAGUGCUUGCAAUCCCGCUCAUGGAGGAGACUGGAGAUGUGUGGCUCCAAAAGGUGAAGUUCGACAUGGAGGAUACGAGCGACCACUUGCUUUGGCCGCUUGCAGACUCCCUGGAGUCUGGACGCGGAUUGCUCACAAGGCGACGAUGCCGCGCCAAGGACGUUGGUGCAGAGUCCGAUUCGAAGGAUGUCGAGGCGGCUGUUCGGGCGAACGUUGAAUACCUGCACAAGGCAGGUUUCUUUACUGGUGUGAAGCCUGAGUAG